AUGAAAUGGACACCCACAAAGAGGGCCCCAUCCUACGCCGCUGGCCCACUGCGCAUGCGCAAAUUUUGCUGCGCCAGCGCCUGCUGCCCGGGGCGUGGCACACUGUCCCUCGAAGCGGCUGCUCUGUGCUGCGCGUGCGCGCUUUUGGGCGCCGCGAGGUCAGGAGGCGGCGGAACAGUCGGAACCGGUGUGAGGAUCCUCGGGACCGCCCGGCAGUGCCUCCAGGGAGUCCACUUUCAGCAACUGUCUCUGCGGGGGAGACUGACGUCAUUUUCCCAACGGCUGUGUUCAAAAUCACCCAAAGGGUUUGAGAAAUUCUUUAAGAGGAGUGGAAAAAACACAGACUCAGACAAAUCAAGAGCUCCAAAAAAAGAAACUGGUGAACCAAAGAAUGCUGGGCCUGGAAAAGAUGGAGGCAAGAGAGGAGGGAAGAGGGAUAAUUUUGCCUGGUGGAAACAGAUACAGAAGGGAGAGUUUCCCUGGGAUGACAAGGAUUUCCGAAAUCUGGCCGUUUUGGGAGCAGGCGUUGCUGUAGGAGUUUUCUACUUGUAUUUUCGAGAUCCUGGAAAAGAAAUCACCUGGAAGCACUUUGUGCAGUAUUACCUGGCCAGAGGCCUGGUGGACCGGCUAGAAGUUGUGAACAAACAGUUUGUGCGGGUUAUUCCUGCCCCGGGGACCUCUUCUGAGAAGUUCGUGUGGUUCAACAUCGGCAGUGUUGAUGCCUUUGAGCGCAACCUGGAGUCUGCUCAGUGGGAGCUGGGGAUCGAACCCACUAACCAAGCUGCAGUGGUCUACACCACUGAGAGUGAUGGCUCUUUCCUGCGAAGCCUGGUGCCCACCCUUCUCCUGGUUGGCAUCCUUCUCUAUGCUGUGAGGAGAGGCCCAAUGGGGGCCAGACGCAGUGGGCGAGGAGGAGGCCUCUUCAGUAUUGGUGAGACAACAGCCAGGAUCCUAAAGAACAACAUUGAUGUGCGAUUUGCAGACGUAGCUGGCUGUGAAGAAGCCAAAUUGGAAAUCAUGGAGUUUGUGAAUUUCCUGAAGAACCCCAAGCAGUAUCAGGACUUAGGAGCCAAAAUCCCAAAGGGAGCCAUACUCACUGGUCCACCUGGUACUGGCAAAACGCUUCUUGCCAAAGCAACUGCAGGGGAGGCCAGUGUGCCCUUCAUCACUGUGAAUGGGUCAGAAUUCCUGGAAAUGUUUGUUGGUGUUGGGCCAGCAAGGGUCCGUGACAUGUUUGCAAUGGCCAGGAAAAACGCUCCUUGUAUCUUAUUCAUUGAUGAGAUUGAUGCCAUUGGCCGGAAGCGAGGCCGAGGGCACCUUGGGGGUCAGAGUGAGCAGGAGAACACCCUGAACCAGAUGCUUGUGGAGAUGGAUGGAUUCAACUCCACCACUAAUGUAGUGGUGCUGGCAGGCACUAACCGCCCUGACAUCCUCGACCCAGCCCUGAUGCGCCCUGGCCGCUUUGACCGCCAGAUUUAUAUUGGUCCCCCUGACAUCAAAGGCAGGUCCUCCAUCUUCAAAGUCCAUCUGCGUCCACUCAAGUUGGCUGAAAGCCUCAGUAAGGACACCCUGGCACGGAAGCUGGCAGCUCUUACCUCAGGCUUCACUGGUGCUGAUAUUUCUAAUGUGUGCAAUGAAGCUGCCCUGAUCGCAGCCCGCCACCUGAGUCCUUCUGUUCAGGAGAAGCACUUUGAGCAAGCCAUCGAGAGGGUCAUUGGAGGCCUUGAGAAGAAGACCCAGGUCUUACACCCCAAUGAAAAGAUGACCGUGGCCUACCAUGAGGCCGGGCAUGCAGUGGUAGGCUGGUUCCUGGAGCAUGCAGACCCCCUGCUGAAGGUGUCCAUUAUCCCCCGGGGCAAGGGGCUUGGCUAUGCCCAGUACCUGCCCCGGGAACAGCACCUCUACACGAGAGAGCAGCUGUUUGACCGCAUGUGCAUGAUGCUGGGGGGCCGGGUGGCCGAGCAACUGUUCUUUGGGCGGAUCACCACGGGGGCACAGGACGACCUAAGGAAGGUCACACAGAGUGCCUAUGCACAGAUUGUACAGUUUGGGAUGAGUGAGAGGCUGGGCCAGGUGUCCUUUGACCUCCCACGACAAGGUGAGGCCCUGGUGGAGAAGCCCUACAGCGAGGCCACCGCCCAGCUCAUCGACGAGGAGGUGCGGCACCUCAUCGGCUCUGCCUACGAUCGCACUCUGGAGCUGCUGACGCAGUGCCGGGAGCAGGUGGAGAAGGUGGGCCGGCGGCUGCUUGAGAAGGAGGUGCUAGAGAAGGCUGACAUGAUUGAGCUGCUAGGCCCUCGGCCCUUCGCGGAGAAGUCCACCUAUGAGGAAUUUGUGGAGGGCACUGGCAGCCCGGAGGAGGACACAUCCCUUCCCGAGGGGCUGAAGGACUGGAACCGGGGACAGGAGGGGGACACUGAGCAGCGCUUGCAGGGGACCCCUACAUAGCACCACUGCAGUCAGAUCCUCAGAGCAACUGCCAGGACCGCCAGAUCACAUUAAACCAGAGACAACCACAAACAGGCGUAUUGGGGGCACUCAGGACCCACACAGGGGAGCUGGGUCUUGGCAGCAGCCAGCCAGGAGGUAGCUCCAGGUGGUUUCCUUGGGGAACAGCCAAGGAAGGGCACCUCUUCCCCCCAGUCCUUGGGUGUGGUGUCAGCCAGGGCUCUGUACCUCGAGAGCCUUACCCUGGCCUUUGGUUUGAGGCGAGACUCGGUUUACUGGAUGUCUUAAAUAAGUCACUCACGGGAAGGUUUUGGCUCAGCAUGGAUACCCUCAAAGGCUAGUGAGGGAGACCCAGGGAACAUACGAGCCUGGGAAGGGAUUUGCAUCAUCAAGGGAAGGCGAGAUGCUGGGAUGUGGGUCAGUCCUGAGAGGAAACCCAGGGCCGUCAAGGAGCGUUACUGAGGGAGGGUGGUGGAACUCUGGACACACCUGCCCGGGCACCUGGUCUUUGGGUAGGUGACCCUUACUGACCAGUUUUCUCGAGUGAGCCUCCUUCCCCACGGAGCAAAGAUCUCCAUGCCUCCCCUGGCCCUCAGAUCUCUGUGGCUGCCUCUUGGCCCUGGUGUCAUGUUGACCCUCUUGCUUUCCAUUGGGCGGAAGGCUAGCUCCGGGUUGUGAGCAUUUGUUUUUUUUUUUUUU